CCUUCAUGUCCUUUUGAAGUCGCUUUCAACUGUUAAUUCCUCUCUUCCUUUCUAUUCUCUAUUGUUAGUAGCUAUACAAGCAAGCUUCAACGUACUACCAGUGAUGGCAGGUCUGGCUCCAGAAAGAACACAAUUUGAUGGUUGUCAAUAUGAUGCUAAGAUGACUGAAUUGCUUUCCACUGAUGGAGAAGAAUUCUUCAUCUCAUAUGAUGAAGUUUACGACACUUUUGAUGCCAUGGGGUUGCAAGAAAAUCUUUUAAGAGGCAUUUAUGCUUUUGGUUUUGAGAGGCCAUCGGCAAUUCAACAAAGAGGAAUUGUUCCUUUCUGCAGAGGUCUUGAUGUGAUUCAACAGGCUCAAUCUGGGACUGGGAAAACGGCCACUUUCUGUUCUGGAAUUUUACAACAGCUUGAUUAUGGAUUGGUUGAGUGCCAGGCCUUGGUUUUAGCACUAACAAGGGAGCUAGCACAGCAAAUUGAGAAAGUUAUGAGAGCUCUUGGUGAUUACCUUGGUGUGAGGGUUCAUGCUUGUGUUGGGGGCACAAGUGUACGUGAGGAUCAGCGAAUGCUCCAAUCUGGUGUCCAUGUUGUUGUUGGCACUCCCGGCCGUGUGUUUGACAUGCUACGAAGGCAAUCUCUUUGCCCAGACCACAUAAAGAUGUUUGCCUUAGAUGAAGCUGAUGAAAUGCUUUCACGUGGUUUCAAGGACCAGAUCUAUGACAUAUUCCAGCUACUGCCUGGUAAAAUUCAGGUUGGAGUGUUCUCUGCUACAAUGCCACCAGAAGCCCUUGAUAUUACAAGGAAGUUUAUGAAUAAACCGGUGAGAAUCUUGGUGAAGCGUGAUGAACUGACCCUUGAGGGUAUCAAACAGUUUCAUGUCAAUGUUGAGAAAGAAGAGUGGAAGCUGGAGACAUUAUGUGAUCUUUAUGAAACGCUAGCUAUCACACAAAGUGUCAUUUUUGUGAAUACUCGCAGAAAGGUGGACUGGCUCACUGAUAAGAUGAGAAGCAAUGAUCAUACUGUCUCAGCUACACAUGGUGACAUGGAUCAAAACGCUCGUGACAUUAUCAUGCGUGAAUUCCGGUCUGGCUCAUCGCGAGUUCUGAUCACAACUGACCUCUUGGCUCGAGGUAUAGACGUGCAGCAAGUCUCUUUGGUUAUAAACUAUGAUCUUCCAACCCAACCUGAAAACUAUCUGCAUAGGAUUGGGAGAAGUGGAAGGUUUGGAAGAAAAGGUGUUGCUAUAAACUCUGUGAGUAUGGAUGAUUUGAGAAUGUUGUCUGAUAUUCAGAAGUUCUAUAAUGUGACCAUAGAGGAGCUGCCAUCAAAUGUUACUGAUCUGCUUUGA